UUCCCAAUCAUAAUUUAUGUAAUAAUCACAUAUUUUACAUUUACACAACAGCGAUUAUACGAAAAUCAUGAUAUGCGUCCGAAAGAUCAUUGGAGUAAAGUUUAUAAUCGAGAUAACGAUUAUGAAUUCUCAUUUAAAGAUUAUGGUGUUGUUAUGCGUGUUCGAGCUAAAAAUCGUACGAUAUGUUCUGGUGUGUUAAUAUCACAAAAUUUGGUUAUAACAUCAUUUUAUUGUGUGUUGGAUACAAAAGCAAAAUACUCGGUGGCACCCAUGUAUUGUAAUCGACGACAAUGUGAAGAAGUGCCCGUUUUAACGCCAAUUUAUGUGGAUGAAACUGUAUAUUCUUGUGGUGAAAUUGUCAUGUUGCUAUUGGCACGGCCGGGUAAAGAUUUUCAAUAUUUUGCGAAAUUACCUAGAUAUGUAUACUCAGGAGAUUUGGCAAGAUAUUAUACGGAUUGUAAUAUUAUUUAUUUGGAAAAAGAAGGGCCGGAAAUUUUCCAAGUUGUACAAGUUCGUGAUAAAAUUGUGACAAAACAAAUGUUUUGCGAUGCGAAUUCAGCUGAGACGCAAUGUGAAUUUGCGGACUGUUCACAUGGUUCAUCAAUGUUCACAUUUACAUUAAAUGCUGAACCCGAACAGUGUAUAGAAAUGCGUGGCAGCCCAUUAAUGUGCGUCGAUAAUGGUGAAUUGCUGUUUGUUGGAUUGGAUACAAAAGGUUGUAAUGAAAAUCGUGCUACAAGUAUAAUGGCUUUCUAUCGGAUUGAUUAUGUUAUACAUUGGAUACAUAAAGCUGCUACCAACUUCAUUAAUUUAGGUUAAUCAUACGCAAGGCUUUCAACCAAAACUAUUUUAUAUGGAAAACAACUUCAUAAAGUAUUUAAGUAUUCGUAACACAAUCGACAGUAAAUCUAUUUAUAAACACCAACC